CGCUGGGGGCUGGGCAGGGGGCAGAAGGCUCGGGGCCGUGCAGCCAGCGGGGUGCAGCCCAGCCAUGGGGCACCCGGCAAGCUGGGCUCCCCUGCUGGUGCUGAGCUCAGCCUGGCAGCUGGUGCUGGGGGGCGCAGCAGGAGGGGGCCGGCGGAGCCCGCACAACAUCGUGCUGAUCCUGACCGAUGACCAGGACACGGAGAUCGGGGGCAUGACUCCGAUGAAGAAGACGCAAGUCCUGAUCGGCCAGGCCGGUGUCUCCUUCCCCAAUGCGUUCACAGUCACGCCUCUGUGCUGCCCCAGCCGCAGCAGCCUCCUGAGCGGGCGCUAUCCCCACAACCACCUGGUAAGGAACAAUUCCCUGGAGGGCAACUGCAGCAGCCCAGCCUGGCAGAAGAGCCAAGAGCCACUGGCCUUCCCCAGCUACCUGCAGGGGCAGGGCUACCAGACCUUCUAUGCUGGCAAAUACCUCAACCAGUACGGACACCCCGCGGCCGGGGGCGUCCAGCAUGUGCCCCUGGGCUGGACUUACUGGAAUGGCCUGGUAGGGAAUUCCCGCUAUUAUAACUACACCCUGUCGGCGAACGGGCGAGAAGAGCAGCAUGGCCAGCACUACCAGGACGACUACCUCACGGAUCUCAUUACCAACCGGAGCCUGGAGUUCCUGCAGAAGUGGUCCCACCCACCCUUCCUGAUGGUGUUGGCCCCGCCCGCCGCCCACUCCCCAUGGACCGCGGCGCCAGGCUACGCCACGGCCUACAGCACCACCAAGGCGCCCCGCAAUGGCAGUUUCAAUGUCCACGGCAAGGACAAGCACUGGCUGGUGAGACAGGCCAGGAGUCCCAUGGCCAACACGUCCAUCGAGUUCCUGGACAAGGCCUACAGGGAGAGGUGGCAGACUCUGCUCUCGGUAGACGACCUGGUGGAAAGGGUGGUGGGCCAGCUAAAGGCCCUGGACCUGCUGGCCAGCACCUACGUCUUCUACACCUCGGACAAUGGCUACCAUGCAGGCCAGUUCUCGCUGCCCAUCGAUAAACGCCAGCUGUACGAGUUCGACAUCCGUGUGCCACUGCUGGUGCGGGGGCCGGGCAUCAAAGCAAACCAGACCCGACUGGAGCCGAUCCUCAAUAUUGACCUGGGGCCCACGUUCCUGGACAUCGCCGGCCUCAACGUCUCACAGACCGCCAUGGAUGGGCAGUCCUUCCUGCCGCUGCUGGUGACACCGGCGCAGCCCAGUGCAUGGCGGGCGGAUUUCCUGGUACAGUACACAGGGGAGGGGUACCCGACCGGGGACCCAGCCUGCCCAGCCCUGGGUCCAGGGGUAUCGCAAUGCUUUCCCGACUGCGUGUGCGAAGACGCCUUCAACAACACCUACGCAUGCGUCCGAGCCCUGAACCCCCACAGCCUGCAGUACUGCGAGUUCGCUGACCGCCAGGCCUUCGUGGAGCUGUACAACCUGACCGCCGACCCCCAUCAGCUCCACAAUGUGGCCCGGAGCGUGGACCCCACCCUGCUGGAGGCUUUGAACCAGCGGCUGAUCAAGCUCCAGGCCUGCGAGGGGCCCAGCUGCCGGGCCUAGGGGCACCCCUCGCCCAGCUGUGCCAGGAACCCACCCGUGGGUGCCAACAACUCAG